UUAUUUUUCAAUUGUUUCAAUAUCUGCACUUUUUUUCACUUAUUACACAGUAGAUAAGCGUCCUUUUCUAUUCACAGGUCUUAUUGGAAAUACGGUUACUGCGGCAUUGCUACCUUUGGUAUGCCUCUUUCCAAGUGAAAAAUUAGGAGCUUCAUUUUUAUGCAUUUUGACGGGUUUUUUAGGUCUUUUUCUUUCACUAAGCCUAACAUCUGCUAUAGGUUUAGGAGCAAAUAAUACGGAUGUCGAUAUUGGUUCAUUUGCAGCUGGUUUUGGAUUUUCAGGUUGUAUGUCGUUUGCGGUUUGGAUGUUUUUCGCAUACGGCGUCUACAACAAAAAAAAUAAAGCCUCAGUUUUACUAAGCAUUACAUCUCUCUUUUGGUUUUCAGUCGUCCUCUCAUGGUUCGUCAUUAGUCUUUAUUUAAUUUUACUAAAACGAAAUCGACUUAAUUCUACUCAAAGUGGAAUUUUGGAAAAAGAGGAAAGUAAUUUCAUUAAGGUUUUACAAGAUCAACCGACAGAAAAAGAUACUUUAUCUCAAAAGUCUGAAACAGGUCUUCUUGUCAAUGAUGCUACGUAUAUCGACAUCAUGAAAAAAGCAUCAGUUCUUUUGUUUUUACGCUUUUUUGGAUUUUACGAAACAUACAUUAUUUUUCCAAGCAUAGGUCCAAAAUUAUGGAAACCUACCAGAUUCAAUGGAAGUAUACUCAUUGGAGUGUUUCAAAUAGUCGAUUUUUUAGGACGUUAUUUCCCAGUGUAUUUUCCUCAGUUUAUAUUGACUCAAUCGCAACUCGUUUUUGGCUGCUUUCCAAAAGGAGUUAUAGUUAUUUUAUGCUGUAUAGCUGUUCAGCAUGCUACGAAUUUCCCAUGGAAUUUUCUACCAUUUCAGAUCCUUCUCGUCAGCUUAAUAGCUUUUAGUAAUGGGUAAAAGCGCUUCUUCAGCAUUAGGUCUUUGUUUAGCUUUCGUUGGUAUAGCGUUGGGAAUGUGGAGUUCUAUAAUUCUAGGUAGCAGUAUCGCAUAAUUUAAAAAAAAUUAUUUUAAUUUGAUUGUAGUAGUUUUAAAUUACCAAUGUUAUUCAAUUAUCAAAAUAUCAAUAGUUCGUACAGAAUAGAUAUAUACGUACACACAAAUAUUCCAGCAACUAUAAUAUGGUUUUAAUUUAAUACAUUAUUACAUUAAACGAUUUUAAUUGAUCACAUUUUUUUUAUAAAAAAUUCUGAUAAGUUUUUCAGCAUAAACAGGACCAGAAAUUAAUUUUUUAAACUUUUACCUUCGAACAUUAAAAAUUUGAUUCAAGGUGUAUCGCAAAGUUCAAACAGAUUUGUAAAAAAACCGUUGUCAUACAAUCAAUGGAGCACCUUGAAAAGCAGCAAGAAACGAGUGAACUUAGUUUAAAAUGGUCUCCAGAACGCAUUUUUACUGUCUUUUAUAAUAGAGGCAAACCACAUUAUAAUGAAGAACACCAAGCUCUUUUUUCUCUUUACGAAUCAAAGGCAUACGUAACAGAUUCCAAAUUAUCUGAAAUUUUAGCUACUAUUGGUGGAUUAGGCGAUCAUAUAACUACUAUUUGUGUUAAUUCAAAGGGAACUAUUCUCGUUGCUUGUUGCUCUUCUUUCCUUUUUCGUGUUUAUCAACUUGAUUGGGAUGCUUUUAGAUCUGCACGAUCGCGCACCAAUCAUGAAUUCGCAGCUGAAGAUCUUCACGCACACGAUAAUUUAUCACAAAAAUUACAAGACGACGUUUUCACUUCUCGUCACAUAUUACCUGUUCGAGAAAUUAGGUCGUGGAAAGGUCCCCAAGUAUUAUCUAGUUGUACCGUUAUGUCAUCGGAUCUUUCGAUUAGUACUCUUGUCGCCGCUGGUUUUACGGAUGGUUCUCUUUAUAUCUAUGAUGUUGCAACAGGCAACUGUACUCAUAAAUUUUCUAAACAUUUCGAAAAAGUUGGAGCUAUCAAAUUUCAUCCUUGUCGACUCCUAUUAUUCUCAACAUCUACUGAUGGCGAAAUACGAGUACAUGAUUUGUACCGUCAUAUCACCGUUGCGAAGUUUAUUGAUCAUUUAUCUUUACCUACGGAUUUCGAUUUUAUUAUAAAGACUUCUUCAAAAAAUGUUAGUUCUGAGGUGUUGCAAUUGGGAGGCUUUGCUUCCUGCAGUCGAGACAUGGUCGUUAAUGUAUGGAGUCUUGAUUCACUUGAUUCUCUUUUUCUAGAUAAAGUUAAAGAAAACGCUGGGAACAAAAACAUAUCAAAAUCCUUAAAAGAUGCUAUAAAGAUUGGUCUUCCAAUGAGUGAUAUUGAAAAACAAUUUUUAAUUUACGAUUCACCAUUAGGAUUCAAAGAUUCUAAAAAAAAAAAUAGAUCCACUCAUUCAUUGACAGAAAAUUCUGCAGAUGUCCAGCUUAUUCAAAAUUGGUACCCUACAAGUCUUUGUGAUGAUCCGUUACAUAUAGAACCGGUUCAUCAGUUGACCGUCCAUGAAAGUGUGGAAACCAUUUGUUGUUUGAGUUCAACUUUGUUUUCUGAUUGUUCUUUCAUUCAACGCGAUCAAUGCAUUCAAGCCCUUCAAGAUAUUUGUUCUUGGGUUAUUGUUGUUGGAGGCGAGUCGGGAAAUUUAACAUUAUGGGAUCCUUCUACUCGAAAAAAGCUUUUAACUUUGGAUGCAAUUCACAAAAGAAAUGGAACGAUUGUUUCUUUAAAUUAUCACGUCUCACCUACCGGAGCUCCAUGGCUUCUCUGUGCCUCAAGUGAUAAUAUCAUAGUAUUCUGGAAUCUGAGGACACUCCGAGAAGACAGAAUUGUGUUAGGUUCAGGUCGAGAACUUAUUCACUGCCAAUUCGUUAAUACUCCAGAAGCGCAUUUUUUGGAACCUUAUAAACCUAACGAAUCUUUUUUAAAAAUCGGAGAGAUGGAUCACCCUGUACAAUACAAGAAUCUUUUUAAGCAAAUCUUACUUUUACGCAGCGAUCCUUCGUGUGUACUUUUGCAAAUGUCCUCUAAGCAUACAACCGCUACUAUUCUAAAUGGUCAUACCGAUACAGUUCUAUCAGCAGAUUGUACAGCUAAUGGUUGUUGGAUAGUAUCAGGAUCAAAAGACCAUAAUAUUCGUAUUUGGAGCACUUUAAUAAAGCAGUGUGUUGCUAUUUAUGACAUCCAUGCUGCUCCAGUUACAAAUGUUAAGGUUAACGUUUGUAUCAAACCUGAAGAAUUCACGAAAUGUUCAUGUCAUUCAAACAACAAUCCAGCAUUUGAGGGAAAAAAGCAAUCGACACUAUGCAAUUCAUUUUUUGGUCUGAGUGUGUGUUUGGACGGUAUUUUAAAAUUAUUUACUGUUGACUGCAAAGCUUUGACUACAAUGGUUGAUAAUUAUUUAAAUGAAAACGUUUCUGCAAAAAUUUUUGACAUAACUGAAAAGCAUGAAAAGACAAAGCCAAACGCUAUUCAGUGUAUGACUGUUAAGGAAUCUGAAAAAUCGGUUGUUGCGCAUGAGAAGGAGAUAAAUGCUUUGGCUAUAGCUCCUAACAACAAGAUGGCUGCUACGGGAAGUUCCGAUAAAACAAUAAAACUCUGGGGUCUUCCAAGCCUAGAUUUUUUAGGUACAUGUCGAGGACAUUCUCGCCCCGUUCUAUCAUUAAAUUUUUCACCCAUAGAAAAAGUUAUUGCUAGUGGUAGCGGUGACGGUACUAUUCGUUUAUGGAAUUUAAAAGAUUUUAGUUGUUUAAAAACUUUUCAGUUACCCCAAAGUUCAGUUCUUAGUUUAAAUUACAUAACCUAUGGAACUCAAUUAGUCAGUUCGUCGGGAGAUGGGAAACUAAAGCUUUGGAAUAUCCGAACAUCUGAAUGCAUUGGUACUUUUGAUCAUCACAAUGGUCAAAAGGUGUGGUCUAUUUCCGUAGACAAAUCUUUUCAAAAACAUUUAUUAUCAGCUGCUGCAGAUCAUACAUUUAUUUUAUGGAAAGAUGUCACAGAUGUUUUUCAAAGACAACAAAUUAUAGAAUUGCAAAAAGAAGCAUCAGAUAUUUUAGAAAUAAAUUCUUUAACAAAAUGUGGUAAAAUUUUCAAAGCACUUGGUUUAAGUAUAAAACGUAGCAGAAUGCAUCAAACUCAAACGAUCUUAGAGCAAUCCUUCGAAAGUCGUCUUUUUGAACGUUAUGAUAACGAAACUUCCCUCACGACUUCAUCACCCCAAGGAGCUUUAAAACUGCUAACGGCUUUUGAAUUGGAAAAAAAAAUACCUUUUAUUCAUACUGAGGAGUUGGGAAACUUUCUUUGUGAGUUAUCUGAUGAUCUUUUGAAAAAUCUUCUUGAAUUUAUCGUAAAGUGGAACACUAAUGGGAAAACAUCCAAUUUAGCAAAUUUUCUUUUAAACGUCAUCUUUCAAUAUAUACCGAAUGCAAGGCUUAUGCGUAUUGAAGGCUUUCCUUCUUUAGCUUCGGCUUUCUCCGCUUACAUUACGCGUCAUAUCAGUCGUAUCGAUGGAUUAGUACAAAAAACGUUUCUCAUAGAUAUGAUUUUUCUAACAUCAAACGGAAAAUCCUAUUUAUCAGUGCCUGAAUUCCCGUUACGUGCGCCAGAAAAUACUCAACCCGAAUCCGAAAUUGUACCAUUGUCGUUAAGUGAUGCGUAUAAAGCAUUUUUCGAUGUCUAACCGUAGAAUACUAUUUCGUAUUUUUUUCCAAUUUAUUUUACUUCCUUCCAACAUAUAAAAAAAAAAAUUUUUUUUUUUCCGUAUGCUUUCUCGCUGAAAUCGUUAAAACAAAAAAAACUUUUAAUGCGCG